UGCGCGUGAUGCGUGCGUGUGGGCACGCUCGUGCACCCACCUGUGCACUGUACAGGUACGGGGAGGGUGUGGGGGUUCAGUAUUUAUCGAUAAUACAUGAGGGUGUCAGCGUUACUGGUGCGUGGGGAGGCGCCCAGCCCUGUCCCUGCCGUAAUGUCCCCAGGACGUGAUGGGAACAGGGGACCAAAGCCACCUGGGGAAGGGCAGCAUGAGACAGCCGCCGCGUGGGGACUUGGCUGCUGGGUGCUGCAAGGGUCUGGUCGUGGGGGGAGGCUCUGCUCAGCUCUGAGCCCCCAAAAUGCCCCCGAGCCUUUCUGAGAGACCACGUCUGCCUGCUCCCCGUUCCAGCCUUGUCUUUGCCAGCUGUGGGGUGUUGUCAGGGAGCCUCGAAGCCCCCAGCACCCAGGGGUGGUGGCACCGCGAGCGGCUCGCUGCGUCCCCGCGACGUCCCCAGCCUGGCCAAACGGUGACCGCCGGGCUGGCCCCGGUGGGGCCCCGUGGGACGGGUUUGUGUCCCUGCGUGGGCUCCCAGCACCUGGCGUCGGUGUCCGUGGGGCAGGAUCGCAGCCGUGCCUCACCCCGGGGCGCUGCCGGCACCGGCACGGCGCCUUCCCCCCGAGUGGCACCGCCACCAUUGUGCGUGCACACCGUAAUACAUCAUUUAGAGACGGACAGGUAUUAAGAUACAUUAUGGAUAACUCACGGAGAGAGACGCUAUUAAUAAUACAGACACAUACAGAGGGAAGAAAGUGCACACUUGAUUUCCAUGUUGCUACCAGGAGUUGUGAGGCUGGCUCUGGCUGCCUCUUCCCACACGUGACUGCAACACAGUGGGUAGCUGACAGCCCAGAGAGCCUGGCUUGGGGCCAGGAAAAAGCAGAAAACACAAUGUCUGUGCAUAUCCUCUCUCUUAAAAUAACACUCCAACACCGUCUGAGACGAAUUAAAAUAAGAUCAGGAGCGGUCUCGCGGAGAGAGAGAGAGAGACGGAGGGAAAAAGGCAGGCAGGGGAACGGCCAGGGCUGGGUUGCUUCAGACACUGCCACCCGCCCGCAGCCUCCCGCCAGCUCUCGCGGGGAAGGAGGGGGCUCGUUUGCAGGGCUGGAGUUUAAAAUAAAAAGGCGAGAGAGAGAAAGAGAGAGAGAGAGAGAGGAGAAAAGGCGCAGGCGAGCGGGAGAGCAAAUCCCCGGCCGCGGCGGGGAGGGGAGAGAUUCCUGCCGUCGUGUGCGCUGGAUGUCCAGCACAUGUCUGUCCUUUGGAGGGGAGCCUUGGCAGGGCGGGGGAUGCGAGCGCAGCCUGCAUGAUGGAGAGCAUCAGGAAUUUCCUGCAGCUGAGGAACACACCAAAUACCAGAGUGCAAGGGAGAGCGGAGGGGAGCAGGGUGCCGGGGGGAGCGGAGGGCUUGGAACAACCCGCGGGCAGGGGGCAGAGGGGUUGGGGGCUUUGGGCGGCGGGGAGGUGGGGGGGGGGGGACCUGGCGCUUCGGUGCUUUUUCCAUCUGUUUGCCUGUCGGUGGGUUUUUUCCGCUCGCUUUUUGAAGGCAGGGCUCGGCCGGAGGCUGGCGGUGCCCUGCGGUGCUGCCUCGCCGCCGCGGGCCCCUCGCCGCCCUGCUCUCCUCCCCCUCCCCAGCACGGGUUUGGGAUAUUUUGGGGCUUUUACGUCUUUUCCUCCCUUCUUUCUCCCCCCCUCCCCAGCCUUCCCCCGGUUAUCUGGCGCGGCGCCGGGGGACGUGGGGUUGGCGACGCCGGGGGACAUGGGGUCGGUGACACUGGGGGACGUGGGGUUGGUGACGCUGGGGGACGUGGGGAGCCGGGGCCACAUCCCGCACCCUGCACCUCUCCCACGGGGCUGAAUCCUGCUCAGGCAUCAGCCUGGAAGGACGGGCACAUCCCCGUGGGCACCACCUUCGGGGUGCCCAGGUGCGAGCGCUUUGCGAGGCGCCCUUCGUCGCGCUCCCUCCUCUUCCUCGCCCGCGUGGGCCCGGCUGGGUUAAACAAACCCAAAAGCCACCGGGGGCGGGCGGCAGAGCCCCGGCGGCGCGGCGAGGCUGCGUCCAGGUGCAGGCUGACCUCUCCUCUUGCAGCUCCCCCUGCAUCCCGCUCCGCGCCGGGGGCUCCCUCGGGGAUGCUGGGGGGCCGGAGGGGAGGAGAGAUCAGAGGGGGCAUCGAGCAGCGCCGGAUCCAGGUAGCCAGGAGGUCGCUCUGAAAAUCUGGAAGUGGAGUUCGGUGGCGCUCAGCCGAGCGGCGAGAGCUGUCUCCUGCUUCAGGGCGGAGAGGAGGAGGAGGAGGAGGAAGGAGAAGGAUGCAGCGGAGGGAGCGGGGGGCAGAGAGGCCGUGUGUGUGUGUGUGUGUGUGCGCCCCCCGUUGUGACCGCCGGGUGUCCCCGCGCCGUCCCCGUGCCCCAGGGGGAUGCUGUGCCCGUGCAGAGCAUCCCUAGCAAAGCGGGUGGGGGGCAUCCGGCGGGGCCGAGGGGGUGCAGAGGAGGCACAGCACCGCGAGCGGUGGCCAAAGGCCGACCACGCGGCCCCGUCGCCGCCUGCCUCCCGUUCUCAUCCACUCCAGGCCACGCGCCCCCCCCCCCAUUCUGGGGUGAGCCGUGCCCCACACCUGCCGGGGGCUGCGGGGGCCCGGGGAUGCUGAGCAGGCGCUGAGCUCAUUAGCAGGCUCCAGCCUCCCCUGCACGGGGGUCAGAGAGCAGCAGCCGGGGGCAGGGGGCGUGGGGAGCGCGGCCGGAGGCGCUUUGUGUGGACUGGCAGCGGGGCCCCCCCCCGGCCCGCUCCCCCCGGCCCCUCGCCGGCUGUGUGCCCCCAGCCUCCCUGCCCGGCACGGAUGAGGUCCCCCGGCCCCUUGCGUGACGGGAAUCUGUCCUGGCCCCGCUCACUGCGCCGGCUGACGGCCCUUUGAUCUCCAGCACCGCCACGGCACCAGGGCUUUGGUUGCACUGACCAAGGGGGGGGGGGGGGGUUGCACCUUGGAUCCCCCCACCCUGGUGACAAGGGACAGCUUUGCGCGGUGUCACCCUGCCCGGGCAGGAGGCGCAAAACCCCUGCUCGGCCCAAGGGUGGCUUCUCCCUCGUUAGCCACCAGCUGCUAAUUGUCCCCUCUGCGACGCCGUGCCAUGGUGGUGGUGGUGGGGGGGCCCUUCUCCGCCAUCCCCUGCUGUCCCCACGGCCCCGCCGUCCCCUUGGGGACACGUGGCCCUGCCGGGGGCACCGCCAGCCCGGCGUUUGCUGGGGGUGGCCGGCGGGGAGGUGGCCGGGGGGGGUGCCACUGGCUGGAGCGAGUGUGAACCUGGCAUCUGGCGAAUGUCACCUUACCCAGCCCGCGCUUCCCUGUCUCCAUACCAACCGUUCUGCUCCAGCCACCUGCGGGGGGGUGGCAGCCAGCGCCUUUGGGGAGGAGGCGAGCUCGCCGCGGGCUCGCCGCAACCUUUCCGCACCUCUCCCCUCCCCGCUCGACCCCCCCGGGGUGCCGAGUGCCGUGCCAUAUAAAUCCACCCCGACCGCCCCGCGCUCCUCGAGCCGUCGCCAGGCACAAGGGAUGCGCCCAGGAGAUGUGGCGGUGCUGACCCUGCUCAUGCAACCCCAAAAUCACGUUAUUGCUCGCUCUGGGACUCAGUUUUCCCUCGGGGACGGAGGGCUGAGGGCGCAGCGAGCCCCUGCCCCUGCCCGUGCCGGUGCCCCUGCUCCCCGCCGAGCCCCGGUGCAGCUGCGGCGCAGGAGGGAGGCCGGCCUCGCUCCACCCCAGCCUCCGCGGCGAGGGCCUCUUCCAACAGCUCUGCACAUUUUCCUGGACUGUCCCUCUUCCCUGCGACCAGAUGUUCUCGCCCUCCUCCUCCUCCUCCUUCCCUCCUCCCCGGCAGGGUCCGGGCGGGAGCCAGCCCGAUGUGGCCGCCUGGGGACACCGCUGGCCGGGUCCCCCCCCUCCUGCCCCACACCUGGCUGGGGGCCAGGGCUGAGCGGUUUGGGGACGGGGACAGCAAACGGCGCGGUCCUCCCGCGCGGCUCAGCCCCACACCGCAGCACUCCGGCUCCCCCCGUGCUCCCCAUCCGGGCUGGAAUGGCCCCAAACGCCGCAGGGAGCUGAGCAGGGACGGGGAUCCCACACGCGUCGGGGUCAGGACCGCAGCACCAGGGCCUCGUGCUGGAGGGGAUGCUGGAGUAUUUGGGGUGCUGGAAUAUUUGGGAUGCUGGAGUAUUUUGGGGUGCUCGAGCACAUUGGGGGUAUGCUGGAGUAUUUGGGAUGCUGGAGCAUUUGGGAUGCUGGAACAUUUGGGGGGAUGCUGGAAUAUCUGGGAUGCUGCAGUAUUUGGGGGUAGCCUGGAGUAUUUGGAGGAUGCUGGAGCAUUUCAGGGGCUGCUGGAGUAUUUAGGGGCUGCUGGAGUACUUCGGGGACGCUGGAACAUUUAGGGGAAUGCUGGAGCAUUGGGAUGCUGCAACAUUUGGGGGAACGCCGGGCUGCUGGGGAGGAUGCUGGGACUGUUUGGGAGCAUUGGGGCGAUGUUUGGGAGCCUCGCGCCGUGCUCCUCACCCGUUUGUGCUGGGGCUGGCAUGAAAGGUGAUGGGAAGGGCUGCGCACACACGUGCAAGCCCCUCAUGGGUGCACACGCGUGUGCAAGACCCAGCCCGAGCCAUCAUCAGCCACGUGGCCGCCGCUCGAGGCCGCAGCAGGAACAAGGGCCGGAGGGGCCGGAGGGGCCAGGCGCGAGCACCGCUCCCCGCCGCAGUGUGUAAUUUCAGCAGAGCCUCAGCGAGGGGCAGGAGCAAAUCGACCUUUUCACCCGUUUUCCUACCGGGGGGAUUGCAGCCUGUUUCCUGUUAAACCUCGCCGAGAACCGGCUCCAUCCUGCUGGCGAAGGGGGGGGGGAUCUGGGGGAGCCCCGGCCGAGGGGGGCUUGGGUUUCCCUCCCCGCCCGCUGCCCGGACCCGUGGCGGCUCCUUCGUCCCGCUUCGUCCUCCUCUUCCUCCUCCUUCCCCUACCGCUGUUCCCGUGCGAGGCUUCGGGCGCCUUCGGCAGCCCGGGGAGCGGGGAGGCAACGUGGAAAAUUGCUGCGAGGAAGGAGCCGAAGGCGGGAGUGAUAAAUAUUGAAAGGGUGGGAUUUCGAUGUAGGCUGCAACAGCUGUGCUGGUUACAGUGUCACACUAUCUCUCCACAGGUUUACUGACCCAUUUCCAUUCACACGGCUGCCAGUAUCUUAGCAACUGCAACAGUCCCCCAAGAACAGGCAUAUUGCCUGCUAUUAGUGACUGCUGCAACUGUGUCAAGGUUAGCUCUCUCCCUCCAAGCCCUGCAGGGUUUGUUUUCCGCCCAAAGCCAGCGCAGGCUGUUUCGUGGCACAGCCCCGGGGUGCCCGCCGAGGGUACCCGGUGUCCCCCCGGCCCCAAAAGCAUCCCAACGUGGCCCCUCUUCCCGGGGCUGGCGGCCCCGCGGCGUGCUGGAGGGGUGCUGGAGGGGUGCAGGAUGGGUGCUGGGUGCUGGGAGGGGGUGGGGAGGGUG